AAUAAAAUGAUCGCAUUGGUUUCUUGUGCAUAAGAAAAAUUAUAAAAGGGUGUAGAAUUAGGACAAGGUGUGGCUUCUCUGUUUUCUUUCUGUUUGUGGCUGUUCUCCUCUUUAAACGAAGCUGACAAAACCCUCGGACGCCCGCAAAAAUCUUUCGAUACCCAGAAUACACACUGUUUACUUUGAAUAGAUCGAAGCAGCAGCUGUAGGAGGUGGCCUGACCCCUUUGUCAUAGAAGAUUUCAAACAAUCAUCCUCUUGUGUGGGAAUGGAUGACAAUGGUAAGCGCCUGCAACAAGGACUUGUAGAGGUUGAAAUUGAGGCUGAGCGUCUUCUCUUGGCAAAACAACAGCUGGUUGAGUGUGACAGGUCCAGGAAUAGCAACCGAGAGGCUCUAACAGCAUUACGAAAGCAAGCUCGAACUUCAAAAAGUAGUGUUCCUUCCCCUUAUGAAUCACUCAUGAAACAAAUGGGGGGAAGUGAUGCUAAAGUCAAGGAAAUUUGUAGAACUUGUGGGGACCAUGAUUCAACUGAGAAUACGUGGAUGAUGUUUUCUGGAGGAGAUAUUUUUGCACGCUUACCAUUUCAUGCAGUUCAUAUCAGCUUAGAGAAAGAUCAGGAGAAAUUGGACUUCGAUGUAAAAAAAUUACAAAGCUAUGUGAAGGAUAAAACCUUAUCACUUUCAGAGAAAGGUGGUUUGUCUGAUAUAAUAAGCCCACAAGUUCUUAGAGCAAUGGUAUCUCUAAAGGAUUCUAAGUAAUUUAAAUCCAUUUGUUAGGAUGAAGGCUCUAAUUCCUGUCUAAAGAAAAGGUUCAUGUAUUAGAGCUGCUUCCUUUUCAACAUCAACCAAAAGGAAUGAGAUGGUUUCAGUUGGGCAUCUUGAAUGCUGUGAUGAAUGAUCUGUAUUGCUUAGUCUUCCUUCAGAAAAUUGAAAUCAUUAGCAGAAGUUUGGUUGUGUAUCAGAAUGCACAAUUUUUUUAGUAAGUCUUAAUGGAUUUAUCUUAUCUGAACAUAUGACUUUGUUUACUUAGUUCUUUUACAUAAGACAAAACUGAGCUAUAUGCUAGCAAUCUUCAAUUCUCUGGCUUGAGUUUGAGAGAAUUUGAUUAUAAUUAAUGCCUGAAACAUAAAGUUAAUAUAAUGUUAGUUACUUCUA